AUGCUGGAUGUCAAUGCCAGUACAUUGUUCAACUCUGAUGAGCUCAACUCUGAUACACAGGUUGACGGUAAGAAUGGUCAAGACUCGGAUGCUGACGAGGAGAGUGAAGGCGAGGAACAAGAGACUACUGCCAUGAGGCUUGCCGAUGAGGUCCCUUCAUUUGUCACCAACUCGGGUGACAAAAAGAUGAAGCCGCACAAUGUUCAAUCACGCAGCAAGAGCAAAUCUCAGUCUGGUCAAUCUGCUCGAGAUCGCAAACAAGCAGCCGAAAUUCCGACCUGGCGCAACAAUGAUGGUUCUGAGCCUACUGAUGAAACUACUACUCAGUGUGGGGGAUCCGAAGAGCCCUACUCUAGUGACAUUGGAGGCACUACAGUCACCUCCGCCACACCUGCGCCCAAGAGUGCUGCUUGUCUCAUUCAAUAUGAGACUGGGAAGGUGAAACUACUUGAUCAAAAUCAAGAGACUCGCCGAGUAGUCCGGGAUGCAAUUAUGGAUGCCAAGGGCCACCUCCUUUUCGUCAAUGCUUAUCCUGAACUCGUCGACAAAAAUCAAGUCGCGCUCCAGUCCUUGCUUACAGUGGCCAAGAAAAGUGGUGCGCAUGCCAUCAAACAACGUCUUCAAGAAGACACACAGUAUGCGACUCAGCUUGGUAACCUGGUGGAGCCUCGCAUCCCGUUAUUACGCCGUGACCUGAAAGAGGUUGCAUGCGCCAACAUCGAUGGCUACUUCCGUCUCGGCCAGAGCGCAGUGAAGGCGAAAAAACUCAUGGAGCAACACGCGUAUUCAUAUUCUUUGAAGUUUGAUUCCAAUGACAAUCCCUCGCCUAGGGGAAACAAACCCUACCAGGGUGAACUUGUUAUCUUUCUGUUGCAUACUGGAAUCUUCAAUGGCCCGAAGUCCAUCGGCGUCAAAUUCGCAGAGCGCUUCAUCGAAAUUGCCGGCAACAAAGCCAAACACCCCGAAAUGCCUGUGCCAUUGCUGGCGCUGGUUGCGACAGCAAUCUAUGCAGCCCUGUUUUGGAAGACGCUUGGUUCCCCGGGGAAGUUCAACUUCACGGGGAAUCAAUUCAGUGAAACUUAUAUGUUUCAUGUGAAGUUCCUCGAGGAUCUGAAGAAGGACGUGCCUAAGAAGUUUCACUGCAUGAUGGCAGACAUCUAUGAGUCCGUACAGGCUUUGAAACGAAAGGGCGGCGAUAAUCAGGCUGAUGAGCAUCGAAAGGCGUUGGCGCUACUGGACCUUGAUGGCAUGGGUGAGGAUUAGCUUCUAGUAUGGU